CUACACUCAUCUUUCCCCCAGGAGGCUCUCCUUCCCAGCCCCUUUGUUCAGUCUAGCCGGUGGGUUGAGUCAGUCAGAAGAAGGCUGUGCUAACCCAACAUAUCCAAAUCACUGUGGGAACACCGACAAGAGAAAGAAGAGGCCGAAAAAUACAUCCACCGGAUGACGUUUUUAGUUAGAGGCACAGCAGAAAGAAAACGGAAAAAGUUGGUUUUGAGUGUUGCUGAUGCUGCGUUUAAUGCCGGGAACCGUCUGGACCUGCGUGCAAGCGCUCGGCUCAUUUAAGUCCGUUAUCUUCGCUCCAGUAUAGCCGCCUGAGCUAACACGCUGUUAGAGAUGAACCGGCAGGCUACAUGCUAACCCAUCACCGGUAUAUUGCUGACAGUGUGCAGUUGUUGCCACCAUCCAUCCAGUGAUCCACGCUGACUCUCCCUUUCAGUUUCUGCUCAGCAUCCAUAUUUGCAUCCCAGGGAGUGGCAGCCACUAAUCCCCUCUUUUUCCACCCGUGGCUAGGAAAUCAAAGUUGGACACCCCCUGAAUUUUCUCACAGGAUGCUAAAACAUGGAGAGUGACAGCCACCACUCUCACAUCUAGUGCCUGAUCCAAAAGCCUUCAUCGCCCAGGGAGGAGGAACUCUCAGGUCUCCCUGCUAACGUAGAAUGAACAUGCUCAAGUCCAGUGGACUGAAAAUCCCUGGGCGCGGGGCCAAGCAUUCCAGCCCAGUGGGAAGGACCUCGGCGGGUGGAACGUCCAGCCCCGUUGCCCCUAAAGACAGUGCUGCGCUGAAGCCCACCACUCCAACUAAAAUCUCGGAAGAGGGCGACGAUGUUUUGGGGGAUUACACCGUUGGCGAACAGGUUUGGGUCAACGGUGUGAAACCAGGAGUUAUCGCCUACCUAGGGGAGACCCAGUUUGCUCCAGGACAGUGGGCAGGCGUCAUACUGAAUGACCUAGUUGGCAAAAACGAUGGUUCAGUGGGUGGCGUGCGCUACUUUGAGUGCCAGCCCCUCCAGGGAAUCUUUACGCGACCCUCAAAGCUCACCCGACAGCCAGUCGGAGAGGGGAGCGACAGCCACUCCACUGACUCAACCCAGAAUCAGACUCAGCAGGGCGGCGGCGCCCCCGCCGGCCAGCGGGUGGUGGUACCGCUCAGAGAGGGCCUGCUCAACAGCGCCGUGAAAACGGGAAAUGAGUCUGGGUCCAACAUGUCUGACAGUGGUUCGGUUAAAAAAGCAGGAGAUAAGGAUCUUCGAGUUGGAGAUCGAGUUUUGGUUGGAGGCUCGAAGAUGGGAGUCAUACGCUAUAUGGGGGAGACAGACUUUGCUAAGGGCGAAUGGUGUGGGGUCGAGCUGGAUGAGCCUCUGGGGAAGAAUGAUGGUGCAGUAGCUGGUACAAGAUACUUUCAGUGUCUCCCCAAGUUUGGCUUGUUUGCUCCAGUCCACAAAGUGAUCCGCAUCGGCUUCCCCUCCACCAGCCCGGCGAAGGCUAAGAAGAGCAAGCGGGUGGCAAUGGGAGUUUCCUCUCUGGCCCACAGCCCCAGCAGUUCCUCCAUCAGUUCAGUCAGCUCGGUGGCCUCCUCUGUAGGUGGACGUCCGAGCCGUGCUGGACUGCUGACGGAGACAUCAUCGCGCUACGCACGGAAGAUCUCGGGCACCACCGCGCUGCAGGAAGCCCUGAAGGAGAAGCAGCAGCACAUCGAGCAGCUGUUGGCCGAGAGGGACUUGGAGCGGGCGGAGAUGGCCAAGGCCACGAGCCACAUCUGCGAGGUGGAGAAAGAGCUGAGCGCCUUCAAGGCUCAGCACAUGCAGUAUGUGACAGAGAACGAGAAUGGUCUCCAGCAAGUCAAAGCCAUGCUGGCCAGCACGCAGAAGGAUAAGCUGGAACUGGCCAAUCAGCUCGAAGAAGAAAAAAGGAAAGUGGAGGACCUGCAGUUCAGAGUAGAAGAGGAAUGCAUCACCAAAGGAGACCUGGAGACUCAGAAGAAAUUGGAACAUGCCCAUAUUCGUCAGCUUGAGCAGAGCCUGCUCCUCGAAAAGUCGAGAGCAGAGACGCUCCACAAAGAAUUAGAGAAGCGGAGGCAAACUACAGUUGAAGAGAAGAGCCGCAUCAUGCAGUUGGAGGAGGAGCUCAGCCUCAGGAGAGCCGAGAUCACGAAUCUCCAGGUCCAGCUCAAAGGGGCUGAUGCAAGCUGGCAGAAAGCUGACCGUGCUGAUGCGGCCCAGGGGUCCGACGCCCAGCCAGAGACCCUCCUGCUGCGCGAGCAGCUGCUGUCAGCGGGCCGGGAGCACUACAAGGAGAGCAGCGAGCUCAGAGAGAAGUACGAGACUGCCUCAGCAGCAAGCCAGCAGGAGAUCGACUCAUUGAAGGCUGUCGUGGAGAAACAGAACGUGGAGAUCAAUGACAUGAAACAGAAAGUUCAACAGGCUGCCAAGGAAAACGUGGAAAUGAUGGACACCUGGAAGGAUAAAUUUGACACUUUAGUCAGUGACCACCAGCGAUCCUUGGAGGAACUAAAGGCAACACUGAGCAGUAAUCAUACCGCUACAGAAGGUCAAGAGCAGGACACCCAGGAGCUGAGAGCCACCCUGGAAAGCCUGAAGAUGGAGCACCAGCUAGAGGUGGAGAACCUCAAGGCCAAACAUAAAAUUGAAGCUGCCAUCCUGACAAAGGAACGAGAGGACCUCUGCGCUCGUCUGCAGGAGGCCAAAGACCAGCUGGCUGAAGGCAACCAGUCAUGGAGGGCUGAAUUGGAAGCCAAAAGUGGAAAGCAUGCGCUGGAGGCAGCUACGGAUAAGCUACAGAAGGCGGAGCAGAGGCUGGCAGAUAUGGAGACGCUUCAGAUGGAGCAGAACAAAAGAGCGGAGGAGCUGAGGGAGAGGCUGGAGCUGUCAGAGAAGCAGAUGACGGACUACCAGGCUCUGCAGAAAGCUCAGGAGGCGAGCCAAGAAGAGAUCCAGAAACUCGAGGAGAAGCUGAGGGUGACGGCCAACCAGCUCCAGGCCAUCCAGGCCGAGCGCUUCACAUCUAAUGAUGCUAAUGUGAUAGAAGAUAAUGAAAUUUCAGAUGAGAAGAUGAAGCUAAAACAGAACAUAGAAGAAACAAUGGAGAAGCUGCUGAAAAGGGAAAAAGAAGUCUCUACUCUCACUUCCCAGGUUGAAGCCCUCAAAUCACAAAUCGGAGGUAAACAAGCACGCGGCGCCCUUUUCUGA